AUGCCCACCACGCUGACGGCCACCAGUCUGGCAUCCCCCAGGAAGGUCACCAUCUCCCUGCCGCUCCGGCCGCCGGGAGCGCAGGGGCUGCGGAACCACGGGAAUACCUGCUUCAUGAACGCGGUGGUGCAGUGUCUGAGCAACACCGCCCCGCUCGCCGAGUUCCUGGCCCUGGGCCGCUACCGCGCCCGGGGGGGCCGCGCCGAGGUCACCCACCGCCUGGCAGCCCUGGUCCGAGCCCUCUGGACCCGCGACUACACGCCGCAGCUCUCCGCCGAGUUCAAGAACAUCGUCUCCAAACACAGCUCCCAGUUCCGGGGCAACGCGCAGCACGACGCCCUCGAGUUCCUGCUCUGGCUGCUGGACCGCAUGCACCAGGACCUGGGGGCUGCCUCCCCCGCCCAGCAGACCCACCGCCGCCAGGAGGAGCCCAGCGAGGACAGGAGAGGCGAUGCUGGCAGCUCCCCACCACCUGCCCAGCCCCCCCGCGGGCAGAGCUUCGUGCAGAGCCACUUCCAGGCGCAGUACAGGUCCUCCCUGACGUGCCCUCACUGCCUGAAGCAGAGCAACACCUUCGACCCCUUCCUGUGCAUCUCCCUGCCCAUCCCGCUGCGCCAGACCAGGGCUCUCAACGUCACCCUGGUGCUACAGUGCGAGCGCCGGCGGUUCCUGCGGGUGGGACUGGCCGUGCCCCUGCUGGGCACGGUGGCCGAGCUCCGGGAGAUGGUGGCACGGGAGGGACACAUCCCCCCGGAGCAGGUGAUCCUGGCCGAGGUGUCCCCGCGGGGCUUCCUGCGCUCCCUGGGGGACGCGGAGGCGCUGGGUGCUGCCGGGGAGGGGGCUCCCCUCUACGCCUUCCAGCCGCCCCCCCUUGUCCCCUGGGCUGUGAUUGGUGGGAAGCCUGGGGAUGCGGGCGGCCGUGCUGCAGGCAGGGGUGCACAGGCAACCCGCCCCGCUCUAAUUAACACCUGUACUAAACGAGACCCCCUUAAUUGCCCCCGCCCUGCCGCAGGGUGCCCCCGCAGCCUGCCCGCCUCCCCGGGGGCAGCCCAGCGCCCGCCGCCGGCCGCCCGCUCCUCCGACUGCCUGCACCCCGGGGCGGGCGGCCGCAUCCUGCUGCUGCUCUGCAACACGGCGGGCGACGGCCCCCGCCUGGCCAGGUUUGGGCCACCGCUGGUGCUGCGGGAGGAGCGGGGCGUCUCCUGGGAGCAGCUCCAGCAGAGCAUCCUGGCCCAGCUGCGGGCUCUGCUGCGGGGAGAGGUGCGGGCGCAGGGCACGGGAGCCCUUUUCCGCAUCCGCCUGGCGGGGGGCUCAGCCCCCUGCACCUACCUGUCCCCGCAGGACCCCCGCCCGCUCUGCCACCCCGCCGUCGACAGGGCGCUGCAGCUGAGCGAGACGGGUGGCCCUCCCCACGUCAAGCUGACGGUGGAGUGGGACAUGAGCACCAAAGAGCGCCUUUUCGGGGACAUCCAGGAGGAGGUGGUGCAGGACGCGGAGAGCGUGCGGCUGCAGCAGCAGGCACAUCGACAGCAGCACAGCUGCACCCUGGACGAGUGCUUCCAGCUCUACACCAAGGAGGAGCAGGGACGGGGCGUGGGGAGCCCCCCUCAGCCCGCUGUCCCCUCUGUCCCCAGGUUUGGGCCACCGCUGGUGCUGCGGGAGGAGCGGGGCGUCUCCUGGGAGCAGCUCCAGCAGAGCAUCCUGGCCCAGCUGCGGGCUCUGCUGCGGGGAGAGGUGCGGGCGCAGGGCACGGGAGCCCUUUUCCGCAUCCGCCUGGCGGGGGGCUCAGCCCCCUGCACCUACCUGUCCCCGCAGGACCCCCGCCCGCUCUGCCACCCCGCCGUCGACAGGGCGCUGCAGCUGAGCGAGACGGGUGGCCCUCCCCACGUCAAGCUGACGGUGGAGUGGGACAUGAGCACCAAAGAGCGCCUUUUCGGGGACAUCCAGGAGGAGGUGGUGCAGGACGCGGAGAGCGUGCGGCUGCAGCAGCAGGCACAUCGACAGCAGCACAGCUGCACCCUGGACGAGUGCUUCCAGCUCUACACCAAGGAGGAGCAGGUACCCCCAGCCCUGCCCUCUCCCUCCUACUGCUGCAACGCGCUGGAUGGGCGCUGGUACAGCUACGACGACAGCCGGGUGGAGGGGGUGCAGGAGGCGGAGGUGGGCACCCGCAGCGCCUACAUCCUCUUCUACCAGCGGCGCCACGGGGCCGCCGGCACCUCCGGCAGGGCCUACUGCUGCAACGCGCUGGAUGGGCGCUGGUACAGCUACGACGACAGCCGGGUGGAGGGGGUGCAGGAGGCGGAGGUGGGCACCCGCAGCGCCUACAUCCUCUUCUACCAGCGGCGCCACGGGGCCGCCGGCACCUCCGGCAGGGGUGAGCACCCACGGGCACCCACGGGCACACGGAACACGGGACAUGCGUGUGCUGUGGAGCCCAAGGCACGUGGCAGGGGUGUGUGUGCACUGGUGUGGGGUGCACGGGGCGGUGUGUGCACGCGUGGAGCGCUAAGGUGCGUGUGUGCAGGGUGGGGGGUGCACACAGCACGGCUGCGCACACGCGUGUGCACGUGGACAAGCGUGCAUGGACAGUAUGGCAGGCACAUACACAGAGCAAAGCUGCGUGCACACACGGACACGCAUGCACACGCGUGCAUGGAGAGUGUGGCAGGCACGUACACGUACACAUGGCAGAACUGCAUGCACACAGGGACACCGCGCUCGCAGAGCUCGGCCAGUCUCCCCCCACGGCCCGAGAGGGGGCUGCGGCGCUCGGCGUCGCUGGGCAGGGGCGCGGGGGGGACCCCCAUGUCCAGCCGGGGGCCCCCCGUGGCCACGCUGCAGCGGGGACGGCAGCCCCUGUGCCGCCCGGCCGUGCCCGAGUCCAGCUUCUGA